ACAUCGCUCGGGCAGAGGUUCAGAAAUCGAGGAUAUAAUCAUUCCUGCUGGUGCAAAGAAAGGAAAAAAGCAGCACGAACCAGGGCUACAAAAUGAAUUCUCAACCAACUUUCCGGUUUUUGUUGCUGGCGGUCGUGUGUGCCAUUGCAGUGGCAGUAGAUCCAAAAUGCAGCUUAGCCCCGGAGAGAGAAACGGGAGAGGACAGAACAGUGAAAUUUUACUACGACGACCAACUAAGAUUUUGCGCCCCCUUCUUCAACAAAGGAAACUGUAACGGAGGCAACUGCUUCAAUUCUGACAGAGACUGCAUGGCGUCAUGUUCAGCGGAGUACCAGGAUUUGUACCCAGAAGGAGGUGCAGUGUGCGCUUUAAAGAUGGAUCCAGGCAACUGCUACGCCACCAUUGCCAUGUAUUACUACGACAGCGAAGAGAAAAUCUGCCGCAUGUUCCUUUACAGAGGCUGCCAUGGGAAUGGAAAUCGCUUUGCAUCCAGAGAGGAAUGUCAGCAGAUAUGUGAAGCGAAGUCUGGUCGAUCAGUGCUAGCAGGGGACUCUCCCAACCCUGACCAGCAAACAGUUGAUGCAGGUUUGAUUGUUGGCAUUCUGGGUGGGAUUAUAUUUGCAGUGGCGGCAAUUUCUGCUAUUGUUCUACUUGUUAAGCAAAGGAAGGCAAAACGUCAUGAGAUGAAAAAAGUGUCGACAAAUGAUGUCGAGAUGAGCUAGACGAGACUACAACUUGAACUGCUCGCUCUGCUUUUUUGUAUGACAGCUUAAUUUUAUUUGAUCUCUGAAUAGCAAUAACCUGAAUGGCCUCCAAUACUCCAUGGCUAAGAAGCAUCUCGGUCUUAAGAAUAUCUUAAGCACUGUAUAUCUGUUAGACGAUUAUUAUAUGCCACAUGUUUGUUUGUCUUAGUGAUGUAAAAUCUAAGAAUGUAAAACUGCUUUAUAAACGUUUUUGGCUAAAUAAUCACAUAAAACAAAGGCCAGCUUUGUCUUUUUAGACCAACUGUAGAUAUUAUCAGCAAAUAUAAGAUCACAAACAGUCAUUAAUUUACAGUAGCCUGUAAAUAUUACCGUGUGGCUGGUGUAUUGUUUAAUCAUGGAAUUUUAUAUGGUAUAAUAUCUUUCAUACUGUUUUUUGUCAUUUGUUUGCUUUACCGAAAAGGCAAAUAAA